AUGUUGCAAGUUCCUUCGGGAAUGCAGCUCAUGCAGAUUCCAACUCAAGGUGGCGGCACUGUGACUGUCCCUUACUCAAUGAACGCUAAUAAUGAGAUUGCGUUCAGUGGAAUGCAACUCAGCCAACAAGGCUUCUGUGGUGCUCAAGUGCGCCAAGGAUUCGAUGCAACUCAAGCUCAAACUCCGCAGGUCAUGAAGACUGGCUAUUUUGAUACGUCAAAUGUCUUUCACGAUGCUAUCAAGGGAAAGGAUGAGAAUGGCAAUGAUGUCUUUCUCAUUCCAUGUCCUACUGGAACGACUAAUGUCAAACUUCAAUCCAACUGGCACUAUGCUAGUGAAAGUGAAGAUUUGCCAGAUCUUGCUACUGAAGCAGAUCAAGAGAGAAUUGAGCUCUUGGCAGAUGCAGACAAUGAUGUCGAUGAUAUGCCGGAACUCACUGUCAGAUUCCAAGGAGAUGAUGACUAUGAAUUAGAUGACGAUAAUUCGGGUAAUGAAGGCAAUGAAGAGGAAGAACCUAUUGUGGCCGAUUUGGAUCACCAUCAAGAAAAGGUUGAUAGAGGAACCGAUGAUAUUGGGAGCCUCGUUACUGAUCUGGAGGAUUUACAAGAACCGCCAGAAGAAGAGAUUGUAUUUGAGCCUGAAGAGCCUCAAGUAGCAAAAGUCACUCGAUCUGGGCAAACGUAUGCGCAAGCUACAAUGUCAGGGCUGAACCUUUCUCAGGUUCCAAAGAAAACAAGAAAAUGGCCUUCAAGCAGGAGUGGCAGUUCUGCCAAUAAGAACAAGAAUCAAGUUGCGACAAGACGCAAGCGUCAAGAGAGGGCAAUGAAACCGUUAAAGGACAAAUUGGAGUCUGGUAUUUGUACCAAAGAGGAAAGUCGCAGUACUAAAGACAGUAAAGCUAUCCUUGAAGCACAGCACAAUCUAUGUUUCCAACAGAUUGGGAAUGAGAUGAAAGCUGAUUAUGAAGAGCACGACGCUAUUCUGAUUGCUCGUUGUCGGCAGAUGUAUAUGGUAUGGCGGCUUGCUGAAGGCAAUUGCCACACUACCUCAUCUGGCAAGGUUCCUUGGUCUCCAAAAUUGCAGGGCUUCUGGGAUCGAUUGAGCCUCUGGAAGCUGCUCCUUAAAGGACGCAAGCGAUGUCGUGUGAGCUCACAAAAGGUCCGGCGCCUGAUGGAGAAGACAAGGCUGUGCAACGUGUGGAAGCAGACGACUGAUGAAUUGGAAGAGGCAUUGGCAGCUGAACGCAGGGCGUAUAAGCAAGCCAAACAUCAGGCAACCCAAUUGAGACGGGACUUUCUUACGGCUCAGACAAAGUAUGCAAAGAAGAAGAAAUGGAAAUCCCAGAAGGCCCACGAUAGAUUCCUUCGGUUACGACAAAUGAAGCAACAAGGGGAGGCGAGACGCCGUCGGCGCGCCCAACAAAAGGGAUCUACCGGGGGUUUACAGGCUAUUCAGAUUGAAGAAAAGUUACCAGAUGGCACUACGCGGCUGUGUACUAUCACUGAUCGUGCUCUGCUUGAAGAAGGUUGUAUGCAAGAAAAUGCGGCACAGUACGAACAGACGCGUGCUCCAUAUACGACUCCACCUAUGGUGGAACCCUUGUAUACAGCAUUCACCGGCGUUGAGGCUGAAUCUAAUUCCAUUGCACUAUUGGAAGGCCGCUACUCUCUGCCCGACCUUCUCGACCCUGCCACUACGGCCUUUCUUUCCCAUUGCCAAUUUCACAAGGGUCACUUCCCCGUACACCUUGAGGUUACCACCUCUGAUCACGUGUACUUCUGGUCUUGGAACCCAGAGGACAAGGGUUCUGAACCUCAUGGGUUGCACAACGGACACUUCAAGGCAGCGGCCCAGUCACCAGUUAUUGCCUCAAAUAAAGGUCACCGUGCUAUUAGAUACGCACGCAUAGUCUGUACGCGGUAA